AUUGCCUUCUUUUCCCUUUAGAUCUAGCAUAUUUUCUUCUCAAAUCACAAAAAACCCAAAAACAGUUAUGGUUUUCAUCUCUGCACAAAACUGUAAUCUGAUUGAGGAUUCUUGCUACAAAUAAAAUGGGAAGCUUGUUGGUUUUGAGCUUUAUACACAAAUGGCUCUAAAUGCUCCAAGAGACAACCACUUCAUCAAGAAUGGAAGGGCUGACGUGGUAGCAUUGGUCAAUAUGAACAAAGAGCAAGGAUGGGGUUGCUUAGUGGCCGUUGCUGAUGUUCUUGAUCCUGAUACUCAUUCAAGUGAUCUCUGCCCUAUUAAAUCAGAAGCUUAUGAGUACUAUCCUAAUCAGUGCCAUGAGCUUUCAAAGGGUAUGAGUAUCUAUGAUGCAACGUUUGGAUUGGGGAAUAUUAGUAAUAAUCUAAAUUGGGAAUAUGAAGUUUCCAUGUCUAAUUGGUCUACUUCAAAUAGGAACCCAACUGCUCUAUUGUGUCGUGGUGAGUUUGCUUAUGGUAUUCUUGCCAUAGUAACAUAUUAUGAAUACAGCGAAAAGGAAAUCAAUAUGUCAAUUUGUCCUCUUGGAAAAUCUGUUUUUGGUGGUAGAAAUCAGUCUAGUAAGGGGCUAGGUGGCUGUCCCAUAAUAGCCACGAGCAACAUGACACACUUAGAUAAACAGGCACAAGGGGGGACAAAGCCCUAUGCAAUUAAGGAAGGCAAUGCUAAUGGGUUCUUGGGUCGUGUUUCUCAAGGAGACUUAACAGCUUUCUAUUUGUCAAUACCACUUGUAGGUCACCAAAGUUCUUAUGUGACUUGGAUUAGCAUGAUGCAACAAUCCCACACUGAUUUCCUUUACAACUGUAAAUUCUUGCCUUUCUCCCUAGGCUCCUCAUGGCACAUAUUGGUGGAUAGAGUACAAGCUUUGGGAAAGCUUUUCAUUCGAGGAUGCACAUACCUUUAUCCUCCUUGGGAUGGUGAUGAGCUUUGGAGGUUCUCUUCACCGGUUAUCCUUCUCUAAUUCAUGUAUUUCUUUUCUGUUGAUUUUGGUGUUUCUGUUUUUGGUCCUUUUGGUCUGUAAGAACACUUAAUUUUAUCUCAAUAUAGUUACUAUUUUGAC